AUGUCGGCAAAGCGUAGGACCCUUGGCACCCUCGAAGCCACGCGCGGAAUACCCUUCACGACCUACUGGGAGCCCUUGUCAACUAAAGCGGUUCAAGUAACGACCGGGAAGCACUUCAUCAUGGCCGAAGAAGAGUUUGAGAUCGAUAUCUACGGUGACGCUGCCAACGAUCAAUCGAAUGAACAAUCGCACAACCACGACGAUUCGCAAUCUUACCGCGACGAAGGCCAUGGCCACAAUGCCGAUGAAUCUCACGUCGAUGACCAUUACGACGACGAUAGGACCGUCCAAGAUAACAGCCAACAUCAAAGUCCGCCUCAACAAGGCGUGAAAAGGAAAGGUGGCGCGGAUAAUGACGAUAGGCCAGUAGAUCCUGGUGCUACCGCGGCUUUGAUGCUGUCGGAUCUCAACUGGUGGAUGACGGAUGACGGCAUUCGCGCCUAUGCCCGCGAGGUCCACUGCGAAGAUGAGCUCAAGGAUGUCACUUUCAGCGAGCACAAGGUGAAUGGAAAGAGCAAAGGCCAAGCCUAUGUCGAAUUUACGUCACAGCAGGCUGCCACCGCCGUCAAGCGUUUCGUUGACACGAUCAACGAGACUGCGGAGUCCUCGUUCAAGAAGCUCGCAGUCACAUACUCGAUGCCCGGUGUCAAUCCCUUCCGAACUCUUCCGAAGGACGCCCCAGCGAGAGCGGGCAAGGACAAUCAGAAUAGAACCCCCUCCGGUCCCAAUUUCAACGACAACCAAAACAACAUGGGUGGUGGAAACUUCCGCGGAAACUACAGGGGUCGUGGCAGCUACGGACACCGGGGCAGCAUGCAUAACAACCAAGGCAACUACAACCGCAAUUUUUCUGGUGGUAACAACAUGAGCGGCGGUGUAGGCGCCAUGGCCGGCGGCGGUGGCUACAACAAUCAAAUGUUCAACAACCCCAUGGCCGGCGGUAACUUUGGCUUUAAUCGUGGUGGUAUGAUGAACAUGGGCAUGGCUCGUGGCGGCGGCGGGGAGGAAUGCGCGGUGGUCGCGGUGGCGGCAUGGGUAAUGGCAUGA